AUGGUCGGGGACAACAACUGCCAGGGGUUUUUCGUGGUUACCCUCUCAUAUCACCGAAAUCAGGUACACAGGAACCAGCAGUGUAGUAACCUUGGCAGCUGGGCAGGCAAAUCAAAGAAUCCAGCCAAAGCGGCAGCUAAAUACGGUCAGUCUGGCCUUGGAGGAGGAGGACCAGGUGGAGGAGUUACAGUUGGCCUCGGCACAGGACUGGGACCUGGCUCAGGCAUCGGGACAGGUGGAGCAGGUGGGGGCUAUGGAUUCGGUCCUGGCGGCGCAGGCACUGGUGCAGCUGGAGGCCUUGGAGGCAGAGGACCAGGAGGAGGAGUUGGCCCCAGCACAGGAGCAGGACCUGGCUCUGGGGUCAGUUAUGGACCAGGUGGAGUCGGACAAGGUGGAAUCGGACCUGGUGGUGCUGGUACUGGUUACGGACCAGGUGGAGUAGGACCUGGCGGUGCAGGUACCGGUUAUGGACCAGGUGGAGGUGGACAAGGUGGAAUCGGACCUGGUGGUGCUGGUACUGGCCCUGGAGGAGCUGGUUAUGGGCCCGGUAGAACUGGGUUUGGACCAGGUGGUGCUGGAGCUGGAUUAGGAGGAGCCGGAACUGGACCUGGAGGAUAUGACGCCGAUGCCAAAGCUCGUAAAUAUGGAAUGUUAAGUGGAGCACUGGGAGGAACAGGAGCUGGUGGAGUCAGGCCUGGUGGUGCUGGUACUGGUUACGGACCAGGUGGAGUCGGACCUGGCGGUGCAGGUACCGGUUAUGGACCAGGAGGAGUCGGACAAGGUGGAAUUGGACCUGGUACAGGUUAUGGACCAGGAGGAGUCGGACAAGGUGGAAUCGGACCUGGUGGUGCUGGUACUGGUUACGGACCAGGUGGAGUAGGACCUGGCGGUGCAGGUACCGGUUAUGGACCAGGUGGAGUCGGACAAGGUGGAAUCGGACCUGGUGGUGCUGGUACUGGCCCUGGAGGAGCUGGUUAUGGGCCCGGUAGAACUGGGUUUGGACCAGGUGGUGCUGGAGCUGGAUUAGGAGGAGCUGGAACCGGACCUGGAGGAUAUGACGCCGAUGCCAAAGCUCGUAAAUAUGGAAUGUUAAGUGGAGCACUGGGAGGAACAGGAGCUGGUGGAGUCAGGCCUGGUGGUGCUGGUACUGGUUAUGGACCAGGUGGAGUAGGACCUGGCGGUGCAGGUACCGGUUAUGGACCAGGUGGAGUAGGACCUGGUGGUGCAGGUACCGGUUAUGGACCAGGUGGAGUCGGACAAGGAGGAAUCGGACCUGGUGGUGCUGGUACUGGUUACGGACCAGGUGGAGUAGGACCUGGCAGUGCAGGUACCGGUUAUGGACCAGGUGGAGUCGGACAAGGUGGAAUCGGACCUGGUGGUGCUGGUACUGGUUACGGACCAGGUGGAGUAGGACCUGGCGGUGCAGGUACCGGUUAUGGACCAGGUGGAGUCGGACAAGGUGGUAUCGGACCUGGUGGUGCUGGUACUGGUUACGGACCAGGUGGAGUAGGACCUGGCGGUGCAGGUACUGGUUACGGACCAGGUGGAGUAGGACCUGGCGGUGCAGGUACCGGUUAUGGACCAGGUGGAGUCGGACAAGGUGGAAUCGGACCAGGUGGUGCUGGUACUGGCCCUGGAGGAACUGGUUAUGGGCCCGGUAGAACUGGGUUUGGACCAGGUGGUGCUGGAGCUGGAUUAGGAGGAGCCGGAACCGGACCUGGACCUGGAGGGUAUGACGCCGAUGCCAAAGCUCGUAAAUAUGGAAUGUUAAGUGGAGCACUGGGAGGAACAGGAGCUGGUGGAGUCAGGCCUGGUGGUGCUGGUACUGGUUACGGACCAGGUGGAGUAGGACCUGGCGGUGCAGGUACCGGUUAUGGACCAGGUGGAGUCGGACAAGGUGGAAUCGGACCUGGUGGUGCUGGUACUGGUUACGGACCAGGUGGAGUGGAGUCGGACAAGGUGGCAUUGGACCUGGUGGUGCUGGUACUGGUUAUGGACCUGGGGUUGGAGUCAGCCCAGGUGGUGCUGGCGCUGGUUAUGGACCUGGCGGUGCAGGUACGGGAUAUGGACCUGGCGGAGCAGGUACCGGAUAUGGACCUGGUGGUGCUGGCUAUGGACCUGGAGGUUAUGCUGGUGCCAAAGCUCGGAAAUAUGGUCUGCCAGGAGGUGGUGGAGGACUUGGAGUUGGGCCUGGUUCUGGGCUCGGAGUAG